AUGAGUGAUGAAUAUUUGAAUGAUAUGAUGAUAGAGUAUAAAGGUAUUAAUAUAGGAAAGUCAGAACUCAGUAGCACAGAUAAUUUAAACAGCAAUGAAGAAGAUUUACUACAGCCUUCUACAUCAUCACAAAUUAGCAAGCAUAAUUUGCAUAUGAGAAGUAAGCAUCAUAUUUCGAAAGCUAUGAUAGAAAGUAGUAGAGUAAAAAUCAUAACAAAAGAUAAUAACAAAUGUGAAUUAUUUGUGACAGCAGAAUCCUCACAAUUAACAAUAGAUAGACUUCUUUCUGUAAUUCGUGAUGUUUCUACAAGAUGGAAUACAACAUUCUAUUUAUUAAAAUGGCUAACUGUUCUUAAAUCUGCAAUGUAUAAGUAUAAGUUACUUUUAGUUGAAUCCAAUGACAAUAACUCACUAAAAAAUUAUAAAGAAAAAGAAUUAUUGUUUGAUGAUUGGAAUAAAAUAACUGAAUUGGUUAAAUUGUUGCAUCCUUAUGAGAUCAUUUCUAAAAAAUUAUUAGGUUCACAAUAUCCAACAUUUUCACAAAUGUGGUUUGUGAUUAACUUUAUUAAAGUUAAACUUGAGUAUGCAAUAACAAAUAAUGCUAUUGUUCAAAAAUUUAGAGACUCACUUUAUAAAUUAAUUUAG